AUGCGCCGUUUGCCACCGCUGGCAGCUGCGGUUGCGCUUGCCGUUCGCUUCAGCACAUUUGUUGCGCCAGGGUUUCAGUCUCGGAGACUGCGGAGCACCCGGAGGGCCGUGCCCUCGUUGCCAGUGCUGGUGCCGGGAGGGGAAGGACCCCAGUGGUGGGAUGCCAGGAACUCUGCCAGCCCUGUCGUACUGCCGCCGAAAGAAGGCCGAGAAUGGCGAAUGUGGUACUAUGGGCGGGAAGGCACAACGUGGGCCAAGGGGGUCGAUGCCUUCCUUCCCACAGGACGAAUCGGAGCAGCGACGUCUGUAGAUGGCACGAGGUGGCGGAGGUUGCGAGGACCUCUGGAGGGAGGCGCCUGUCUGGAUCCCAGUGAGGAUGAGGACGCCUUCGACUGUGUCCACGUCGGAGUCGGUGACGUGGUGGAGCUGCCAAACGGCACGCUGUGGAUGUACUACUUCGGCGGCGGCCUAGAGGGUGUGCCGCGACCGGGCAUCCGCAUGCAGAUCGGCCUCGCCACGUCAGAUGAUGGCCUGAGCUGGCGGCGCCAUGGCGCACCGGUGCUUACUCCCGGAGCCCCGGGCGACUUCGACGAGACCUUCGUGGCUUGGCCGAGAGUCCUCCCGCCUUGGGACACGGCGAAGGUAAGCGGCAUUCCGGAGGGCAAGUGGUAUAUGUCCUACCACACGGCUUCCUUCAAAGAAGGCAUCCAGUGGUCGGCAGGAGCAGCCUUCAGCGACGACGGUGUCUCGUGGACCAAGGUCGAUGGACCAGUGCUGGAGGGUGGAAGCGGCGGAGCAUGGGAUGAGAAGGGUGUUGGCGUGCGACAUCCAAUCGUGCAGCCGGGCGGACGCCUUGUCAUGGUCUAUGAGGCCGUCGAUGCGGCCAUGGACCAUGCAAUGGGACUGGCAGAGAGCUCGGACGGCAUCAGCUGGACGAAGGUCGAGUUCCCCGAAGCUGAGCUCGGCGGGCCCAUCCUCAAGAAGGGGGACGCCGACUCCUGGGACAGCCGCGUCGUUGGCACACCGUAUGUGGUCCCUCCUCUGGCUUCCGAUGAUCCAUGGCGUCUGUACUACGUCGGAGAGGCAACGGGGAAGCCGGGACUCUCUGUGGGUCUGGCGGAGAGCUUUGACGAACGACUCCAAGUCUGGCGGAAGCGUCGUGCUGAUGCUGACAGCUUGCCGAAGAUGAACAACGAAGGCUUGUACAGCCGAGUCUGGAAGAAGGGGGAGCGCUCAGAGACCCGCGAAGUGGCCUCGGCGGCGGGCGAUCUCGAUCUCGGG